CACCACUCAGAAUCCUCUCGCUCUCGUUUUUUGGCUAUAUCGUUGGCUUCAACUUCUCGACAAGGAUUCAACAACACCAAGCAGUGAAGCAGAAGCCAUAGUAAGAGAAACCGAAACCUCUUUGAUGUUCCCUUCCCUGCUUCUCUCUCUCUCUCUCUCUCUCUGCACUGUGAAAACGUAUCACACAACCAACGACCAUAGCUAAUCCUGCUCAAAUAUUGGGUAGCCUUGAAUUAGAAGCAUAUAAAAAACAAGAAGAAGAAGAAGGACAACAAUAACAAGAAGAUUAUGGGUAUACUGUACGACGAUGUAGUGAUUAUAAGGCAGCCAGAGACAGAAGGCGACCCAACUGUGAUUACUGUGAAUUGCCCUGACAAAACUGGUUUGGGCUGUGAUUUGUGUCGUAUCAUACUCUUCUUUGGUCUGAACAUUGUUAGAGGAGACGUAUCAACCGAUGGGAAAUGGUGCUAUAUAGUUUUCUGGGUGGUUGGGAAACAGAAGACAAGGUGGAGUUUGUUGAAGAAGAGGCUAGUUGCGGCAUGCCCUUCUUGUUCCUCAGCUUCUGGAAUCUCUUAUUACUGUUCUGAUUUGCAGCCACCGAAGCCUUCUGAUGUCUUCCUUUUGAAGUUUUGCUGUCACGAUCGGAAAGGGCUAUUACAUGAUGUUACAAAGGUUCUUUGUGAGCUAGAGCUUACUAUAAAGAAAGUGAAGGUAUCUACCACACCUGAUGGCAAAGUGAUGGAUCUGUUUUUCAUCACAGAUACAAGGGAACUUCUACAUACAAAGAAGAGAAAGGAUGAUACGAUUGAACAGUUAACAGAUAUUUUGGAGGAUACCUUCAUUACUAUUGACAUUGAAUUAGUUGGCACGGAAAUUACCAAUUGUUCCCAAGCAUCUUCAUUCCUUCCAACUGCAAUCACAGAAGAUGUCUUCGAUUUGGAAUUGCCUGAUUUGGUUCGAAGUGGAACUCUCAGAUCAGAUUAUGUUUCUGUCACUAUGGACAACUUGCUUAGUCCUGCUCACACGCUUGUCCAAAUUAUGUGCCAAGACCACAAAGGUCUUCUUUAUGACAUCAUGAGGACUCUGAAGGACUACAACAUUCAGAUUUCUUAUGGACGUUUCUCUACAAAACCUAGAGGAAAAUGUGAGAUUGACUUGUUCAUCAUGCAAGCAGAUGGCAAAAAGAUAGUUGAUCCCAACAAGCAGAAUUCUUUGUCAUCACGCCUUAGAAUGGAACUACUUCGUCCACUCAGAGUAGCUAUUGUGAGUAGGGGCCCUGAUACUGAGCUUCUGGUUGCAAACCCUGUGGAGUUGUCUGGCAAGGGAAGGCCUCUUGUUUUUUAUGAUAUUACUCUUGCUCUCAAAAUGCUUGGCACUUGCAUUUUUUCGGCUGAAAUUGGGAGACACACUAUUGCAGACCACGAGUGCGAGGUUUAUAGAAUCUUGCUUGAUGAAGGGGAGGGGUUGUCUGUUCCAAGGAACAAGAUUGAGGAUGGAGUUUGGAAAAUGCUGAUGGGUUGGGAGUAAUCUGUGGUUUCUGUCAUUACAUUGUAAAUUUUGGGUGAACCUCUAUGUACAGAUAACUUGGUCUGAUAUUAGAUGUAAUUGUGAAAUAUGUAGUGUGCAAAUGAUAAUCUUUGCCACAUUAUAUUUUCUUAGAGCUUUUGUAAUCCUAAUUAAUUGUAUGUAAAUGGAAACCAAAAAAAAAAAAGCAUAUUGAUGA